GGGGACACACGAGGGGGAUAGAAAACAACGUAGAUUUAGAGUGAAGAGUAUACUGUGAUCGAUAGUUUCUCUUGGUGUCAAUCAAAGAUUUUUGUCAUGCAAUCGUUAGCUCUUUAUGGACGUUUUUUCUCCCGAGCUUUUGUAUCAAGUCUUGGACUAAACCCAGAACGUCAGAUAAAGGCGAGGAAGGAUUUUCACCUUGUGACAGGGUCUGCAGGAUUUUCCAAGUCUCUAAGGAAGACACAAGGUCCAAAACAGUGGACUUAUGGGGACGAUGCUUAUUUCAUUACCAGAAAUAAGCUAGCAGAUGUCAUAGGUGUGGCUGACGGGGUAGGAGGAUGGAGGAACUAUGGCGUGGACCCAUCAGCUUUUCCUAAAACCUUGAUGACUACGUGUGAGCGCAUGGUGAAGGAAGGAAGAUUUAAUCCACGGACACCAGUUAAAAUAAUACAGGCCAGCUAUGAAGAAAUGCAGCAUCAAAAAAUACCCUUAGUUGGUAGCAGUACAGCUUGUGUGGUGUCACUACACAGAGAAGAACAUACCAUUUACACAGCCAAUUUGGGUGACAGUGGCUUUCUCGUCAUCCGUGAUAGUGAGGUGAUUCAUCGAUCAGUGGAGCAACAGCACUACUUCAACACUCCAUUCCAACUAGCAGUGGUUCCACCAAGUCAGGAAGGCCAAGUACUCAGUGACAGCCCUACCAUGGCGGAUAGCACAUCAUUCAAGGUAGAGGAAGGGGACAUUCUUUUACUCGGCACAGAUGGUCUAUUUGACAACAUGUGUGAGGAUAUGAUAGUGGAUCACAUCUCCAAACUGAAGGACCAUCGGACAGAUAUACAGAAAACAGCAAACAACAUGGUUGAGGAUGCCCUCUCCCUAUCCUUAGACCAAGACUACUUGUCUCCCUUUGCCCUGUCCUCCAUUGACGCGGGAAUUAACCUCAAAGGGGGAAAACCAGACGAUAUAACAGUGAUACUAGCCAGAGUGGCCGUGCUAGAUACGUAACAUCUAGUGUUAACAUAGACACAACAAUCUGUAAUCUCUAAAUCGCUGAGGUAGCAACAUUUCUAUACCUACUCUUAAGCUACAGGUAUUCUCCAAGGUGUUGAGGAAGACUUUUUAUUGCAACAUGUUAGGACUGAGGAAUAUUUUCCUGUCAACAGUUUUGUGUUUACAUAAUGAAAAGUGAUGUUUUGUCAGUGAUAAUGAUCUUGGAUUACCAAUAACAAAGAUCUCUAGAAGCUAACUACAUUACAGAAGCAUUUUUUUUUAUUAUUAAAUUCUUAUUGAAACUUGGCAGGUGUUUUACAUCAGCAUAUACUACAAACAUGUUGCAAUUAAAAUUCCUCUGAAGCUUGUCUACAAUAGUAAUAUAACAGAUGUAUCAAUGUUAUCAUGUACUAGAAACAGCCAUGUGAUAUUGAAUGUAAAUGUGUUUUAUGUGUCUAAAACUGUUGUUGGUGUGUAAGGAUUCCCUGGAACUGUUUUAUAUUAGACAUUUACAAUUUGUGGAAGUCACGACUUGGAAAUACCUUUACUAAGCUGCUUUCAUUAUCAUGUAACCAACAGUUGGACCAAAGUUGUUGAUGGGACAGACUCUGAUGUUUAUACCUGGUGAGGUGUAACAAAAACCAUCAGCCUUAAGAAAUAUGAUAUAAUUACUCAUUCUGUAUCAAAUGUAAGAGUCUUGCUGCCUGUUUAUGUUUACACAUAUAUUGGCUAAAUACUUGGGUUACAUUUAUAAUUGAUUUAUCAAGGACUAUGGUAAGAUUAUAACUUAUAGAAAUCUUUUAAUUGAUUUUUUUUCUUGUACCCUAGUACGACCAAGAGUACUGUGUUCCCCAUUAUCCCUGAAUGGGGGUAGAAAACUCCUCAGAUUGGUGAAAUUUUAAACCUGUACCCCUGGGUUUUCAAACACUCUUUUAUAUACAUUGCAAAGGGGGGUAAACUGCCCCCCACACCCCCUCACUUCAAAAUACAAGGAAGAACACUGAGAGUAACACUAUAUGCCCAAAACCAUGAAAUGGCAGGGCAUAAAGAGAGGAAAGACAGGGUUUAGGGAAAAAUGCUCCUGGUGGUUUGUGAUUUUGUCCAAUCAAUGCUGUACAUCAUAGGAAAAGAGAUUCACACAUUGGAGAAAAACCAAGAUGGUGAAGCUUAUUGUGAGAAGUAGUUUCUAUGAACGAAAAACCUGCAGAUUUCAUAUCAGCAAAAAUUGCACCUUGAUAAUCUGGUACUCAAUAGAAGUUAAGAUGAUUGGAGAUACAAGAAAUUGUGGUAUCUUUAUCAUCACUUCUACAAUAAUGAUAAAUAGAUUUUAUAAAAAUUCAUUUCCCUGGUAACAGUAGAAUUGAUAUUGAUAUUGAUAUUGUUAUACAGUUCAACAGUUUUAGAACAUCAUCAGUUUUUUAAAAAUGAUCUUGGAUUCAGAUCCAUUCCGUCGCUAUCACUACAGGUUUACAAAUAAAACAACUUCUGUAAUUGUUGUCAAAUUCUUAGUAUGCAAAUGGAAUCUAGGAACACUUUUCUGGGGACGUUUUACCAUCUGUCUAGAAAACUGAACUGUUUGGUGUCUAAGAAUUGUUUUAACUACUGAAUAAAAACAGCUUUUCAGAUCCUGUGAGAGGGGUUUAACAUUGAUGUGUUGGUUAGUUGUCAUCUGGUAUUACUUUUGUUGGAUAUCCUGUACAUACCUUCAAUGUUGUAAGUAGAAAUGAUAAAACUGUUGUCAACUGAACAGUAUCCAUUAGUUUAUGUGUCUCUACUGAUGAAAUCUUACUCAUCGUUGUUUUGUAGUAUACACUCUUACACCAUCCUGAAAUUAUUUUGUUAUCAGGAGAUAAUGCUAAUUGUUAUUGUUGUAAUUAGAACAGAUCAAUUACAUUUUGUAAUCAUAAAAAUGCCAACCCAAGUAACAUGUUUUAUCCAUGAAUGAUUUACAAAGAUUCUUUGGACCAAAUCAUGUGCCAUUUAAAACUGUAAAUCUGACUUGCAUUUCAAUACGGACUCAUAUUACACUUGUGGAUGGCAAGACACAAGAAUUAAUAAAAUGCUUUGAAACACGCUUGUGUCCGAUGUUGGGUUAAUUGAAAACUCACUAGUAUUAAUUAUGACACUUAAGAUAUCAAAAUGAAAUAUUGUCUUCACUCUGAAUGUCAAGAAAACUUGUGAUGGUAAUUGUUAGUGGUUUUUCACAUUAAAUUGUAUUGAUACUUAGACUUUACAUAUUCUGUAAAAUGAGAAAAUCUUUUAAUUAUUUUGUAAUUAAGUUCAAUUAAUUUUAUUAUUUUGUGUUUUGUUUUGCUGUAUUAUGUAAUAUAAAGAAUUGUACAAGAUAAUGUGAAAGACCUGUACUUGCUGGGUUUCUGUGUUUGUACAAUUUAUCAAUAUUAAUGAAACUGAUCAUUUACUAUGGAUGUAGCCUUUUGUUUUUAAUUUUUAAAUAAUUUCAUGUAGAAGAAAUCAACUAAAUAAACCCUGCAGAUACAUUUUGUACAGAUCAGGAAUGGUUAUAAUGUCUACAAACACAGCAUUUGGAAUGUUAAUUACAUGUAUAUGCAGCUUGGUAAAACAAAUGUAGACAAGCUAAUUUAUUUUUACUCUUGCUGUCAAUUUGCCCACUAUCCUCAGCUUUAGAAAACCAAAAGCAGUCAAAGAUACCAUGUUGGUUGUUUCAAUUACCAAAUACAACCCGUACAAUACUCUGUCCAUAUGGUUUAACUUGAACUGCACCUGUGGACAUGUUAGUAUCUUAUUAUUAAAGCAUGUCUUUUUAAACUGUACAAUAACAUUUGAGUAGUUGUGUUGUUCUGCCCUAAAAUGCUCUACAAGAGUUUAAUCUGUAAAGGACUUGUAUCACUGCUCCAACAUAACCUCCUAAGGAGCACGGAACAGUCUGUAAAGUAUUAUCUGUAGUAGUGAAAGUAAGUGGUAAAGUGUAAAAAUUGUAAGAUACAAGUACAAAAUUGUCUUCUCACAAAGUUUCAAAAUAAUUCAUUAUUUUAAUAUUAUUGACCUAUAUAAGUCUGUUUUAUACAAAAUUUAAACACAAACACAACUGUUGCUUUGUAAUUUGAUAUUUCCGAAGUGGAAGAAGAACUUGUGUUUAUUUAUUAUUGAUUGUGGGUAAAAUGCCCUAAUACUGGGAGAUAAGGUGAGGAGGGGACCUAUAUACUGUUUAUACAGGGUUGAUGAUGAUAAUUGAUGGAGUAUUUUUACAAGCCCCUGAUUUUUGAUGAGAACACUACAAAGAGCUGUGUAUUUGAUUUGAUUAAUACAAAUCUUUACUAUAUUGUCACGUUCCCUUUUAUUACUUUUGUUGCAUUUACGUGUGGUUUGUAAUAUUUACCGUUUUUAUCUGCUUUAUCUUGUAAUCAUGAAAUAUGCAAAUUCAAAGGUAGUUGCACUGAUUACAUGUAUUCUUGUAGAUUUUGUUGUAAAGAUAAGAAUUUGAAUAUUUUCAUAAGUGUAUGAUCUCAUUGAUGAUUUGAAAAGAAACAAUACUUAAAAUAUUGGAAUGUAAUGAUGUUGUCAUUUAGUUUAGUGUUAGGUAUGUAGGUAAAUAUAGCUCAUUCAAUCAGAUACAUCAUGUUACACUCUCAAAACUACUAGGACAAAUUCUAGAACAGCAUGUAUUUAGAAUAUUAAAAAGACAUCUCCUAUCAAAGCUACCUAGAAUUAACUAUAAGCAUUGUAAAACAAACAUUUAAGAAAAUAUUAGAUCUUAACGAAACAUUCUCUGGUACAGUAUUAAGGGUAUUUAAGAUGUACCUUGUAACAUUUUGUCAUUUUUUGAUUGAAUGAAGCUGUGGUGUGAUUUAGUAACUUGUAUAUUUCACAGAAAUAACUAGAAAAUUAAGGAAUGUUUGAUGAUAUAAAGAAAGUACAACAUGUUUUGUUUGAAUGUUCAGUGAUUGGGAGGAGAUAUAUGUGGAAAACAUUUCAUAAUUAUGUAAGUGAUGUUUGGAUAGGGCACAUUGGCCCAAAAUAAUCUUGAAAAGUCGAGCAGACUUUUAUUAAUUUUUGUAGUCUUCAGUUAAGAAUAAAUUAUAAACUUGUUGGUAAAUGACUUUUAAGAGUCAGUUAUGUUGAAACAAUUUACUAUUCAAUGUGACUUGUUUAAAAAAUGUCUUCUUUUAUUUGCAAAGAUAAUGUAUGUUAUCUCAUGUCUGUAUUGUUUUUCUUUUGGUGGCAUUUGGGAAGGCUACAUUUUAAUGUAUUUUUGGUGUUGGUUAUAUUGUCCACACUAAGAUUUCUAAGUUCCUGCAGGCCCAUUAAAACAUCAUACAGUGCUUCCUUAUCUGAAGUGCUUGAGAUGGCAUCUCAGGUCAGAGGUCAAGGUUAAUGUACUUCUGUUCCAUUGAUGUUGAAGUGACACCUGUAUGAAAUAAUUGUUUUGAUAAUACAUUUAUUUUAACAUGAAUUUGUUAAAAGUUUGUGGAACAAAACAUAGAUAUUAGAUGUUAAUUUUACCUGUAAUUCUGCAUGCGGUCUUUAUCAACUCUUGAUGUGUUACUUGUACGAGGAAUUCAUCCAAAUUUUAUCAGACUUUAGAAAAUACAUGUAUGUACAUGUCAGAGUUGGCCCACCAUCAAUUGAAUGUUUUGAUUUCGAAGUGUUUCUUCUAGUCAAAAAAUUGUAUCUCUGUCUACCAUUUGUUAAAUUUGUUUAAAAUUCAAACAAAAUCAAUUUCUUCUUAAUGUGUAUUGAAGAUUAUACUAUAACUAUGUCCCUACUUUCUUGUCAAAUUGAGACAUACUAACCUGAAGAUAUGUCACCAUAUUGUAAUCUUGACUCAUAUUAAGUGCUGUAAUUGUGUUCAUACUUUAACAUUCCCCAAACAUUUAUUUCAGAUACUAAAUUUAAUUUUAGUGGUGUUAAAUGAUUUGUGUCAGCGGUGUUAGAACAAUGACUACUGUAUUGUCAGCGUCUGUGACAUAACACUGGUGGAAUCUUCCUGAAAUUUCCAGUAACAGAAAUUGCACCACGUUCAUAAAUGACUCAUUUAAUUUGUAAACAUUAAACAUUGGUCUCAAAACGUGUCUUGUCCUGGUAACAAAUCAGGAUGGAGGUCAUGACAGGAGUUUAUGUUUUACCUCUCUGGUGUGUUGAUCAGGUACUGUUUACUGUUCUAAUGAUAAAACAUGUUCAUUUACACAUUUUAUAAAACUUUUAACCAGACAAAAUCAAAGAAAAACUCCACCAGUUAUAUCAUGCAUCAUUAAAUCUUUCUGUAGAAGUUCAACUCUAUCUCAAUAGCCUAUAUCCUGUUACUGUAAAUUGAUCUAAAAAGGGUAAAAAGGAAUUGUGUAGAGACAGAAGUUAAACUGGAGAAUACAUGUGCAGAAUGGAUGUAUCAUUGUUUUCUGAAAUCACAUAUAUGUGGAAUGUUUGAUAAAAAUAAAAAUUGUAACAACAUUAAA